AUGCAAAUUCCUGUUUUUACGGUUGAUGCAUUUACAAACCGGCCAUUUUCUGGAAAUCCCGCGGCAGUUUGUCUGCUUGAAAAUGACUUGGAUGAAGAUUUGCACCAGAAAAUCGCAACAGAAAUGAACCUUUCAGAAACCGCUUUCAUCAGAAAACUGCACCCUGGAGAUGACUUUACCAAAAGUUCCUGCUUUGGACUGAGAUGGUUCACCCCAACCAAUGAAGUUCCUCUCUGUGGUCAUGCUACGCUUGCAGCAGCUGCUGUGUUGUUUCACAUACAAAAAAACACAAAUUCAGUUCUCACAUUUGUGACACUGAGUGGGGAAUUAAAAGCCAGACAAGCGGAAGAUCAUAUUGUCCUGGACUUACCCCUUUACUUAACCUACCCACAGGUACUUCAGGAAGUAGAAGAGUUAAUAAAGGCAGCUGUUGGUGACAUGAUUGUUCAAGAUCUCCGUUAUUCUCCUGACACAAAGAAACUCUUAGUCCGCCUCAGUGAUGCUUAUGAAAGGUCUGUGUUGGAAGAACUGCAAGUGAGCGCACAAGGCUUUUUGUCAGCUGAAAAGACAGGAAAGGUGAAAGGGCUUAUACUCACUCUUAAGGGAAAUUCCAGUGGAAAACAUAAAGACCAUGAUUUUUACUCCAGAUAUUUUGCGCCUUGGAAUGGAGUUCUAGAGGACCCUGUUACAGGAUCUGCCCAUGCUGUUUUAAGCAGCUACUGGUCAGAGCAGCUAGGGAAGAAAGAAAUGCUUGCUUUUCAAUGUUCCCGUCGUGGAGGAGAGUUGAAGAUUUCACUGCGUAAUGAUGGAAGAGUUGACAUUGCGGGGCAAAUUGCUAUUGUAUUAAAAGGAAAACUGACUUUCUGA